AUGGAAUUGUCAACGAUGGAUACCGUGGAGAUGCCCAUUUUCGGGAGCACUCUGAAGCUAAUGAAGUUCUGGUCAUAUCUCUUCGUUCACAACUGGCGUCGCUAUGUGGCCAUGGCUCCUUACAUGAUUAUCAACUGCACUCAGUAUGUGGAUAUAUAUCUGAGCACCGAAUCCUUGGAUUUUAUUAUUAGAAAUGUAUACUUGGCUGUUCUGUUUACCAAUACAGUGGUGAGAGGUGUGUUGCUGUGUGUUCAGAGAUCUAGCUAUGAGCGUUUCAUUGAGAUGCUGAAAAGCUUUUACUUAGAGUUGUUGGCAUCAGAUGACCCCACUAUCACCCUUUUAGUGACGGAGACCACCCGUCUCUCAGUUCUCAUAAGUAGAAUAAACUUAUUUAUGGGCUGCUGCACAUGCAUUGGCUUUGUCACCUAUCCCAUUUUUGGUUCAGAAAGAGUUCUGCCCUAUGGCAUGUAUUUGCCUUCUAUUGAUGAGUACAAAUACGCUUCGCCCUUCUAUGAGAUCUUCUUCGUAAUCCAAGCCAUCAUGGCCCCCAUGGGUUGCUGCAUGUACAUUCCUUAUACAAAUAUGGUAGUGACCUUUACCCUUUUUGCCAUACUGAUGUGUAGAGUUCUGCAGCAUAAGCUAAAAAGCCUGGAGAAGCUGAAAGAUCAUCAAGUGCGUGGGGAGUUAAUAUGGUGCAUUAAAUAUCAACUAAAACUGACAGGUUUGGUGGACUCCAUGAAUGCCCUGAAUACCCAUCUUCACUUAGUGGAGUUCCUCUGCUUUGGAGCCAUGCUUUGUGUUCUUCUUUUCUCACUGAUAAUAGCUCAAACUAUUGCCCAGACCGUGAUAGUAAUUGCAUAUAUGGUAAUGAUAUUUGCCAACAGUGUGGUUCUCUACUACGUGGCCAAUGAACUAUACUUUCAAAGCUUUGAUAUUGCCAUUGCUGCCUAUGAGAGCAAUUGGAUGGACUUUGAUGUGGACACACAAAAGACUUUGAAGUUUCUCAUAAUGCGCUCACAAAAGCCUUUGGCGAUUCUAGUGGGUGGCACCUAUCCCAUGAACCUGAAAAUGUUGCAGUCACUAUUGAAUGCCAUUUACUCGUUCUUCACCCUUCUGCGUCGCGUUUAUGGCUAA